UACACCCGACAUAAGGGUAUAGCUGACAUAAGGGUACAUUCGACGCAACGACAUAUAAGCACCAUUAAAAAUUCUAAAAAAUUCAGAAAACGGCAAGGAACGAAUCCAACAACGCAGAGCCAUGCCCACAUAUACUAUGAAAGCUGACAAAACCUUUAGUCUAGAAAAAAAUAAAAAUGAGAGUUUAAAUUCCCCUAAAAACUCAACACAGCAACAUCAACUCCCUUCUCAAUUAGCUCAAAAUUAUUGCUUAAAUCGAAGCACUUUGGCUGCUUUAGUUGGAACUAUAGGUUUGUUAAGCACGAUUUUGCUGGCUAUUAGUUGUUGCUUACUGUGGGAUUUUUUGUCCAGCCGUCAACGCUGCCGGAAAGGGUUGAUAAAUUGGAGAGAUUCAAGUAAUAAACUGAGCAAUGGAAAAAAUGGUAAGCGCAAUUAUUAAUUGGCCUUCCAGACCAUUAGUGUUUCACCGGAACCGAAAUUUUGACCGUAACCGGAUCCAAUUUGAGUUCCGGAUCCCGGAACCGGAACUUUUCUUAGUUCCGGAACAGGAACAGGAACUUCCGUUGAAACUCUGCAAACCAUGUAUGUGCUUCUUCGUAAUACUUCACUCUAUAAAAGAUGUUCCCUCACACUACCUAGAAUGUUCCCUUCCCCCUAUUAGAAAACUAGUAAAGCUAGGGGGCUUUCUAGGAUAUGGUAGCUGCAGGGAAUUAAGGAAAGACGAACGGGCCUCCAAAGUGUCAAAGGGCCUUGCGCCAAAGUGUCACUACCCCUUUGAGUGAUCCCCAUCCUUUACACUAAAAUCCCUACUCCAAAAUUUUCUCAUAUUUUUAGGCUGUCUUAAUUUCCUCUCCAAAAACAAAAUAUCGGCUGUCCGCAAUAUCUCCCUCAAAAACCGCUACCAACUUUCCCCGUCAUUUUCUUCUCCAAUUUCAAUUGAUCCGUUGAAACCUGAAGGAGGGCAGGAACAACCUAAAUUGUCCAGUGAUCCGCGUGAGGCACUUGCU